CCACGCCCGAUCUUGGAAGGCAAGGGCAGCGAGCAGGCCCAUGCUACUUUACGUGCACGUGGCGGCCGACCACUACGUCAUCUCUUGCGGCGAGGGCGACACGCUAGCGUGCCUUAUGGGCGCGGCUGAGGUGGCGUACGCAUCGGUCUUUCGCGCCAAGCCACCCGUGUCGAUCCGUGCCAUCACCAACGCGUCCGGGUGCUUCCUCCCGCCCGCCCUCGUGGUCGCCCAAGUGCUCACGCCCGAGGAGCACAUUUACGCCGUCGUCGACACGGAACCCGCCUACAACGACAACGAGCCGCCUCUGGACGCCUUCAAGCGGGUCGUUGCGUCCUGGUCCCAAUGGCAGCUCUACAUGGUGCAGCUGCUCUGGACCAUGACGCAGGACCCAAUCGUGGCCAUCUCCGACCUCCUGGCUUGUGGCGCCUUCAAGGUGCUCGGCUCGCUUCUCUUUUCCUCCGACAUGCAAAUCUUGCGUCUUGCGCUCCAAGUGCUCGAGCGUUGCAUGUCGGUCGACUGUCUCAGCGCUGCCCGCCUCUUCACGCAGCUUUUGGCGACGAAGCGCUUGCCAGACGACCCGUUUGUACCUACAACACUGCUACGCCUACUGCACACGUUCUGCGCCGAGAGCCGCGAAGCCCAGACGCUCUUGCUCGAAGAAGGCAUCUCGAGCCGGCUCCUCGCGCUCGUCGACGCGGUCAAGACACCGGAGGCUGCCCACGCUAUUGACGCAACGCUCUGUCUCCUCCAGGACUCUGCGCUACUCGGUCGUCGGCCGCGCAGCAGUCGGUCCAACCAGUCGUCGCCGCCCAUGGCGCUGCAAGAAAUCAUGUACCUCUUGCACAGCAAGCAACCCAAGAGCCUUGAUGUCGCGUCCAAGCAGCUCCUUCUGUUGGCUGCCACCGAAGACGACUGGGCCGCCGCAAUGGCGGGCUCGAGUGCGGAGCGUGCUAUCUUCACCGAGCUCUUGCACGUGGCAGGCAGCAGCUUUCGCACGUCGCAUACUGUCCACAUGGUCGUGCUUGGUCGAUUUCUCUCCGUCAUGCAGUCAGUCGCUGCCUUCUCGACAAGCACCGUCCUGUCGGACCCCGGCGCCAUCGACUACUUGCUAUCGCUAACCAGUGCAGCCUCUACGUACCCCAGCGGGAUUCAAGAGCAGGCGGCGCAGCUCCUUGGCCGUAUCCUCUUGCAGUCGGGCGAGCCGCUGCACUGCAACGGUCUCAUCGCGAUGCUUUGCAACACGGCGCCACCCAUCCGCGACGUCGCCACUGAAGUCAUUGCCUCGCUGCUGGAGCGCGAUGAGAGCCCGCGGAUGAAGGAAUCGCUCGUGCACCGACUGAUGCAGGACGACAUCCUCGCCAUCUGUAUCGACAUGCUGUACGCCCCGAGCCAACGGCGCCAAAUGCUGCAAAUCCUCAACAUUGUGCUCCAGGAAGAGGACGCGCGGGACCGGGUCGUGGAUCGGUUUCAAUGCGUCUCGCUCUUUGUCUCGCUGCUCGUGGACGCGUCGUGGGACGUGGACGGACAGCGGCUAGCCGCCAAAGCACUCGCCAAGCUCGCGCUCUCCACGUACAACCUCGAUAAUGCGAGGUUCUAACGUCAAAUUAUGACGUAGACCCGACCGACGUCAGGUUGUGCAGGAUGCGAUGGAGUACGUCGUGACGCCAACGAGCUCUCUCUACGAUGACGCAGUCAUACGAGUGUACUUGGACAUGAUUCUAGGGCCUGCGACGACGAGUCGCAACACAUACAUCCAACGCUAUCAACACGAAGCAUAACAUGGUGCAGUAAUGUCUCUCUUCAA